AGGAAAAAUUGUUGCAUGUUGCAGACGGAAUGUGACAUGAACUUGAUGCGAAUCUUUGUGCGAUGUUCCUUUGCAUUCUGUAGAAUCCCGACAUUUGGAUUUGCCAUUGUGCGGAGAUGCAGGUAAGAUCGACCAUUGGGUUGGAAUGUGUCGGGACAACAUGCUGGCGUCGUAGGCUAAUUUCUUAGAUUUAUAUCAACAAAGGCUGAAUUGUGUGAACGAUGCCGACGGGAUGGGUUUGUUUCUACGGGGUUUGAUGAAUUUUAGGUCUUAUGUGACACAGAUGGAGAGAUCGGCUGACAAUAUCUGAUGGCCUGAUCGUUAUUCCUUCCGAGCAGUAGCAUGGCUAAUUAUAGUCUGGAUGGUAGGUCUUCAGGCAGUGGUAACUGCGACGAGCUCGACUUCUUUGUGGAGUACUCUGUUGUGAAUUCGGCGAUUUGUCUCAUCGUAUAGAGCGAGUUAGAUGUCCAACAUCCAGAGCCAGGGCGAGCACUUUCAAGCGAAGUAUGUUGGGACUAGUCCUGCUGACUCGAAUAGAUCAUUCUCGAUCUGUGCACUGUGAGAGGAAUUAAAAUACAGUAUGGCAGAAGAAGGUCCGGAAUCCGAUGGCAGCAAUAGAACUAAGUUCGAGCAACGAGUUCGGUCUGCUCAGAUCGAAGCACGAGCUCGCAACAUUAGUCAUAAUGUUCGCUGUUUGGAAUGUGGACAUCAAGCAAUUGAGGAGUCGCAGGCAGAAAUUGCAAUCAAGCUUCGCAAGGUUAUACGUGAUGAGCUGAGUAAAGGCAAAUCGGAUAAGGAGAUAUACCACAAACUCACCACAGAAUAUGGGGAGACGAUCCUGUACAACCCUCAGUUUGACGCACAAAGUGCCGUUCUCUGGCUUCUCCCCGUAGUGACAGUUGGGGUUGUUGCGGGAUUUACUCUCUAUCGAGGUCGCAGACAAUCGGCCGAUGUUGGAGAGCUAACUCGGAGUCUCUUUCACGGAAUACCUCUUUCUGCCGCGGAGCACAACACGCUCUCGGCGAUUGUGAAGCCUCCACACGCCGCACAUAGUGCCAGCGGGUUAGCUUGGGUUCGUGGCCUCUUGAGCCGAUGAUGAGGCUUUCAUGUGCGCGAUGGCCAAAUGCACUGGAGAACUCUGGUGGAGAACUGUUUCAGAACACUGGUGUGAGCUUUUAUGAAUGAAGGAGUGUGUGUAUGUGCAAAAGCAAGCGAAUUUCUCCGAUAAAAGUCGAUGUCACUAUGGUUACAUUGUGGAAACGAAGGGAAUUGUGGCCACAAAGAUUUGUUCUUAAGGAGCUGAAAUGAGAAUUCACUCAAAAACUUUAGACCACCGUGGUUUUUCCUGUCCUUGGACAAUGUGUCUGGACGUGUGGAUUAAAUGAACCUGUGGUUGUGUUCACUUUGGGUGCAUAGUAAUCUGCUUCCUUCGUCGUAUAUGACUGCUGAAGUUACCGGAAAAUUUACAGUCUGGAUGCAAGCAAUGGAGAACAAGAGAAUAUAUUCUUAUAUUCAUUUCGUUUUCCGAAUGAAAAUAAGAAUCACAGUUAUUGGGCUUAUCGACUUUGCGGAGGUGAUUUUAGUGCAAUAGUUGUCUGCACAACCCAAAUACACUCCUCUCCGCCUCGGUCGGUGUUGAAGACGUUCCCUUGGAUGUUCCGGUCCUGCCCAAGCAAAAAUUGCAGGCAUUUCUGCCCAACGUCCCAACUAUCGAACCAACAAAUGGUGAAAUUGUGUAAGCUUCAACUUUUACUAUAAUAAAAAUUAUUCGACACAU